CGGACUUCCUGGUCGACGGACACCCCGAGUGAGCGGCAGUGGCGGCAGCGGACCCCGGAGCCAUGGGGCGCACGCGUGACGCCAUCCUGGAGGCGCUGGAAAACCUGACUGCCGACGAGCUCAAAAAGUUCAAGCUGAAGCUGCUUUCAGUGCCGCUGCGCGACGGCUACGGGCGCAUCCCACGGGGAACGCUGCUGCCCAUGGAUGCCAUGGACCUCACCGACAAGCUCGUCAGCUUCUAUCUGGAGCCGUACGGCGCCGAGCUCACGGCGUCCGUGCUGCGCGACAUAGGCAUGCAGGAGACGGCGGAGCAGCUGCAGAGUACGUGCAAGGAUCCUGGAGCCAGGCCAGCCCUGAUGAAGGCCCCUCCCCAGAUGGCAGCCAAGCCAGCACCGCACUUUAUGGAUCAGCACCGGGCAGCCCUCAUCACACGGGUAACAGACGUGGAUGGGGUACUAGAUGCCCUGUAUGGGAGUGUCCUGACAGAGGAACAGUACCAGGCAGUGCGGGCGGAGACCACCAAUCCAAGGAAGAUGAGGAAGCUCUUCAGCUUUGUUCCAGCCUGGAACCUGACCUGCAAGGAUCUGUUCCUUCAGGCCCUGAAAGAAACCCAGCCCUUCCUGGUGGCCGACCUGGAGCAGAGCUGAGGCAAUUUCCCCAGCAGCAGCCCCACACAUAACUGCUGGCUGUUCCAGCCAACUCAUCCUGAUUCUGAUGUUUAUACACAAUAUAUGAAAAAACAGCUUGUACUUGUGUGUGUGUUCUCUACUUCCAGCCUGAAAGCACAUGCAGGAUACAUAUACAAAUGCCACAGAAGCUCAGGUGAAGCUCCACUUCACUGCCUGUUCCUAGGGCAGCAGGCUCCCCUAACACUUCAUCCUUUCUGCCUCAGUCACCAUGGAAUAUUCCCUCAUUCACCAUUUGGUGGGUCCUCCAGUGCUACCUAGAGGGUCUGCCCUUGAGACUAUAGGUAGCCCUGUGGCCAAGGUCUACAAGUUAAAAGUACAGAUAUGUACAAAGUGUCUGUAACUUUAGGGGGCCAGAUUUGUCAGAGGCAUUUAGAAACAGACUACAUAGCUUCUCUUUUUUAUUCCCUAGG